AUGAAAGCCGCACGAUUCCAUCCAGAUACUCAAAAGGUUUCUGUUGACAUAAUCGAUAUUCCAACCCCUGGUGACAAUGAGAUUCUGGUCAAAAUGCGAUCUGCUUCACUCUGCCACACAGACCUAAUGCUCAUUCACGGAGAACGUCCGGUUCCCAGCGCGGGACCUCCAGAGCCUGUGACAAUGGGCCACGAAGGCGCUGGCUAUGUUGAGGCAUGGGGUAAGAAUGUUACUGGAUACGCUAAAGGAGACCGAAUCGGAUUUCUCUACAUAAAGGGAUGCUGUUUUGAGUGUGUUGGCUGUCAACUACACAAUCUCAAUUGCACCAGGAGUCGAGGCCUGCUCCAGGGAUUCGACACUGAUGGCAUGCUCGCCGAGUACGCCACAAUUGAUUACCGAAAUGCGGUUCAUCUGCCCAAGUCCAUGCUCUUGGAUACCGCUUCGGCUUUCUUCUGCGCUGGAUUCACUGCAUUCCACGGUAUUGAUGGGUGCGAGUGCCAACCAGGAGACUGGCUGGCGGUUGUUGGGUGUGGAGGGCUUGGGCUAUUUGGCAUCAAGUACGCGAAGGCCAUGGGAUUCAAAGUCAUUAGCAUCGACGUCAACGACCAGGCACUCCAGGUCGCCAAGGAUGCCGGGGCGGAUCUUGUCGUUAACACCAGCGCACAGUCUGACUGGCAAGCUACCAUCAAACGGGCAACGAACGGUGGUGUCCGUGCGGCCGCUGUUUUCAGUGCAGUGCAGGCUGGUUACGAUACUGCUAUGAAGAUCGUCGGGCUUGGUGGAGUCUUAAUGGUGGUUGGUCUACCACCGAAAGGCAUUACUUUCGACCCAAACGAUCUGUGUCGUAAGCUAUACCGGAUCAAAGCUGAGAACACAGGCCAGCCUUCCAAGCUGGCAAGGGCUAUGCAGUUCACGGCUGAGCAUAACAUCACCCCCCGCUCCGAGUUCUUCAAGAUCGACCAAAUCUCUGAAAUGAUCGCCAAGAUGGAAUCAGGAAAGUCUACCCGCAGGCUCACAGUCCUGUUUUGA